AUGCAGUCAAGAGAAAAUAUGAGUGUUUCUGGUCAAGAGUCCCUGUUCUUCAUUAACCCUCCAGACCUACAAAAGCUUUGUGCUGUUAAGGUAGUACUAAGUAAUCAAGUGGCAGAGACAGAGAUUAGAAGCACACAGUUGAAAAUGUGCAGGCAAUUGCUGUUUAUGUAUCAAGAGCUUCUAACAUCACCUGUUCCUGGAAUAUUAAGCCAGAUUUGGGUAGUGAUGACGAUACCAUUUUACAAAUCAGGAAAACUUCAGGUCUACACAGAAAAACAUGGAGCUAAGGUGGUGACUCCUCAAAGAGUAGUUCCUGCCAUUCUUCAAACAUGUCUCUCCUACUCAAUCACAGCCAGACUUUCACCAUCAUGGAAUAAAGCUGGUCAUUUGCUAGUUCAAGUUUUGGACUUCAAUGUGUCAGAAACCCAACUUUGCAUCAGUAUUGAAGCUUGUACAGUUAGACUACCACCACCCAAGCUAAAUGACUUUGACAUUUCUGAAAACAUAUUAAAGAAUUUUGAUGGUAACAAGCAUGCCAUUAUUGAGGGGCAUUCCAUUUUAAGCAACUGGUGCUAUGUCUUACCAAGCAUGAAAAUGGGGCAAAUAACAAGUAUUCUUCAUACUGUUUCCCCUGAUUGUCCUUUUCGGUCACGUGAAGAUUUUCAGAAACAUUGGGAUAGUAUGUAUGGAUAUAACCUCCCGGAAGAUUGUGGAAACAUGGAAAUAUACUGUACUGUCUACUUCAAAUUGAUAGGGGAAAGGCUUUUCACGUACCCGCUUAGUUGCAUCAGAAGCCAACCUGUACAGUUUUUUCCAAGGGUUGAUGUGGAAAAUGUAUUGAAUAGCUUUCUUCUUGAGCUGAAAUCCAAACUCCCUCAUAUAUGUGGUUUUCCAAUAAAGAUGACAAAUAAGCCAUGCUACUAUACUCAAGAACUCACCAGACCUUCUUUGCAGGGAAACAAAGCCAAGACUCCUAAUCUGAUUACCAAAAAAAUGUUUAGCGCUUCUCAGACUGAGGUCCCUUCCAUAAAACCCACGUUGGUUCAGAGUCCAUUAUCAACUACUCUGGCAUUUGACCACAAGAUGGAGCUUUCAGCCAACCAGCCAAAGCCAAGUAUUUUUUUAAGUCUUAAUGCACAGCCAGACUAUAAGAAUAAUGGCACAUAUGGCAGAGAGUCACAGAUACCUUUUGAAGCAUGUAGGCACAAAAGCAGCAACAUUCAAGUUCAAGAUGUAAUUCUUGAUUACCAAAAUAAGAAUGCCUCUAAAAUCAUACCCAUUUUUAAAAGUAGAUUGAUGCAGAUGAAUAAAAAUAUCCCAAAGUCUGUUAGCCAGAAGAAAAAGCAGCAUAUUGGUACAGAAUCAAAGUUGCUUGCGAGCAAAUCUUGUGUGACCCAAGUUAAUAAAUUGAAUUUGGGCAAAUCUGAGAAAAAAAGGACUAAAAAUAAUAGAGCUGCAGUGCUUAUUGGAAAUGAAAGUCCAAGGAGUUUUAGACCUCAACAAGACUUACAUACAAAGUCAAAUUUUUGUCUUUCUAAGGGCACAUCAUCAAAUGUGAGUUUAGGUGGAUGCAAGCUCCAGUUUUCCAAUGAUUCAGUAUUUCAGUUGUCAUAUAACAACUCAGAGUUAAUUAGAAAUGUCACAAAAAUCCAAAAGAAAGAAAAUCUAACAAGUCAGGAUCCUCUACAAGUUUUAGGAAAAGGCCAUGCAUCACCACACAAAAAAAGGCAAUUCUACAUUUUUGAGUCAGACACAGAAACAGAAGAUUCCCAGAUACCACAACAAUCAGUAAAUCCAAUUAAGGAAGUAGGUUUAAAUAUUUGCCGAUUAGGAUCAAACAGAACAGCCUCUAAGUCAAAAAGAAAACUUCAUCAACAGUCACCAGAAAUUCAGAAAUCCCUAGCCAUUUAUCCUGAGCUAUUCAACUCUUCAGUUAACCAGGGAAAAGGAUUAAGUAAAUCAAAAACUAAGAAGUCCCAGAUGAUUCCAAACAUUUAG